AUGAAGUAUUCUUCUUUAGAUGCAACAAAUUCUACAAGAUCUCAAAUAACAACUCAAUCUUUACUUUACCUUCGUUUCAUCCUAGGUCUUCAUCAAAUACUCCCGUCUUCCUCUACCGCCACUUUUCUCGACAGCUCUGCAGGACUAGAACUGCAUCGUCAUGAUCAGGUACAGACUAAGGACGUUAUUCUUUCAUCCUUCAGGAAUUGGUUCAAGAGUCGAAACAAUCCCAUAUUGGAUCAGAUCUUCGAAAUCGUGGAAGCCGAUGACCCUUCUGUUGACACUCGUCUUUCCGCCGAUUCGGCUCUUAUUCAGCUGAAUCUGCCUCUCUCCGAACAGUUUGUGUUAGAAGUUUUGAAUUAUGGAAUGGAGAAGAAAGGUUCUCUCUGCCUUAAAUUUUUCGAUUGGGCUGGACGACAACCUGGUUUUAACCACACCCGUAGCACUUACUUUUCCAUUUUCAAGAUUCUCGCAAGAGCCAAGCUUAUGCCUCUAAUGCUUGAGUUCUCGAUAAGUAAAGAAUCAAGGUAUCAUCAUAAAACUCGAUUUUACAGUACUUUAGUAAGUUAUGCGAUCGCAGGCAAGCCUGAUGUUGCACUCAGGCUGUUCGGUAGAAUGCGUUUUCAGGGAAUUGAUCUAGACAAGUUCUCUUAUCACGUCCUACUUAUCUUAGUAGAAGAGGAAUUGUAUGAUACUGUAGACUUCAUUUCUAAGCAGAUUUUUCUCAUGGGAUUAGAUUCCCAUGUCACCCAUACGAUUCUCGUCAAGAAUCUUUGCAAGCAAGGGAAGUUGGAUGAAGCCGAGGCUUAUUUACGCAAGUUAGUGGAAUCUGGAAAGCCAUUGAGUGGUCACUCAUUGAAAGUUGUUGUGAAUUAUCUCUGUAAAUCUCAACAAUUUGAGAAAGCUGGUAUGUUGGUUGAGGAGUUUCGUCAAGCUGGUGUAAUUUCAGAUAGAUUGGAGCCGGUUUACAGUGUUUGGAUUCGUGACCUUGUUCAAGCUGGGAAAAUUGAUGGAGCUUUGAACUUUCUGAAACAGAAGAAGUUACAGGAAGGAUACAUACCUGAAGUUUUCAGAUACAACAUGCUGAUAUGCAAGCUAUUGGGAGAGAAUCGAUUCGAUGAAGUUUCUGAUCUUUUGGAGGAUAUGAAGGAGAACAAUCUCUCGCCGGAUGAAGUCACUAUGAAUGCUGUUAUCUGUUUCUUUUGCAAAGGCGGUUUGACAGACAUUGCUCUUGAAUUAUACAAAUCUAGAGAAGAAUUCGGUCUCUCCCCUAACAGCUUAGCUUAUAAUUAUCUAAUCAACACUCUUUGUGGAGAUGGAAGCACCGAAGAAGCUUAUCACGUUCUAAGAGAUUUAGUUAGCCAAGGUUGCUUUCCAUGGAAGAGGACCUUCAACAUUCUAACUGACUCUUUAUGCCGGGAAAAGAAAUUUGGGAAGAUGAAGGAAUUAGUCACGGUUGCCCUAGAUCGUAAUUUCAUGCCAAGCAAUGCCAUUUUCGACAAGUUCAUAUCAGCCCUAUGUCGAUCAGGUAGAGUUGAAGAAGGCUAUGCUAUCCACGAAUCGUUCGCGAAAACAAAGAUUACCCGCCCGAAAACGUAUCUCAAUAUGAUCACCGGUUUCAACCAGUCGAGGAAAGGAGAUGUGGCUGCACAACUACUAAUCGAGAUGCAAGAGAAGGGAAUCAUUCCUCCGCGAAAGUUCUUCAGAGCGGUUAUCAUACAUCUAUGUGGAAUGGGGAAUCCCGAGAAACGAUUCAAGGAUUUACUCAAUUUUCAAUUGUCUCAUUUCGAAGCUAACCGUGAAGUGUUCAACUAUUACAUCGAUGGAGCGGGGCACGUCGGUUGUCCAUACAUGGCGAGAGAAGUUUACGAGAUUAUGACGAGAUUUGACAUUUUACCGGAUAUAACCUCAGACAUUUUACUCCUGCAAAGCUAUCUAAAGAACAUCAAGAUUUCCGAUGCUCUCAAUUUCUACGAGCUAUCAACGAGGAAACGAAUCGGGAGGAAGUUAUCGAACACGAUGAUCGUCGGACUAUGCAAGGCCAAGAAACCCGACAUUGCGUUGGAGAUGUUUUGGGAUCUCAAGGCGAAGAAAAUCGUUAUCCCUAGCCUAGAGUGUUACGAGGAGCUCGUGAAGCUAUUUUGCUCGAUUGGGAGAUACUACGAAGUCGUGAAUAUCUUAGACGACUUCAUGAGAGUCGGAAAGCAUAUGUCGUCCUUCCUUGGAAACUUGGUUCUAUUGCAUAGUUUGCAAAGUCGGGAUCUUUAUAUGGCGUGGAUUCGCUCGAGAGAUGGAUUAGAAGAAAGUCCUGUUGGCGAACGAGUGGGGAUGCUAAUUGACGUGUUUUCUAACCAUGGAAGAAUAGAGAAUGGCGAAGAGUUGGAAGCAGAGAUAAAAGAAUGUUUUCCAUUAGAUACUUACACUUACAAUAUGAUAUUGAGAAGAUUAAGUGUUAAUCAAAUGGACGAAGCUUAUAAAGUGUUUAACCUAUUACGAGAGAAGGGUUGCGUACCGAACGAGUGGAGUUAUGAUAUUUUAAUUCAAGGGUUCGCGAAACAUAACCAAAUGGACGAGGCUAAGAAAAUGGCGAAAGAGAUGGUUAACCAUGGAUAUGAUCCGAUUCAGUAUACCAAACUCUUCACUCAACAACAGAGUUAUGUUUUUGGUUAUUAGCAGGUAUGUGAUAGCUGUUAUUUUUAUACAUCCCUUAGUUUUGGAUAUUUAUUGAGAUGAUAAUUCAUACCAUUUC